AUGAUUAGCGGACACGCAUCAUCGCUAAUUGCCCUGACGAGGCAUGACCGGGGCAUGCUGGAAAUUCCGCCGGGACCCUCUUUACACGCACCCGGCGUGCUGAUCGCUAUUGUUUUGGUUGAUGCAAACUCGGUUGCAAUGUUGAAUCACAUGUAUCACCUGGGCUACCGUUGUUGGUUGCUCACCUGUGCUACACCGUUGUUGGUGGUUGGGGUUAGUGAUAAUUACUAUCCUCCGGCAACUUCUCGAAUGGAAGAUACCGUAGAAGAUCCGAACAACAACUACAAUUGGCCUUAUCGACAAUGGUUUUUCGCUUUUAAUUUGGUUAUUGGUUCAAUAGUCGUAAUUUUAAAUGCUCUAAUAAUUUUUGUGAUAUUACGAUCACGUUCUUUACGAAAAAUGGUCGGUUAUCGUUUUAUGGUGCACUUAUGCGCUGUGGAUCUCAUCAAUAGUGUUACGCAAAUUAUAGCACAAGCUUGUACAUUUAAUAAUGCUGAUAUGAAUUAUAUGAUUAAUGAGAUUAACGGUGCUAUCUUUCAAGGCACAUGGGCCGCUGAUUAUCCGAUGAUACUUAUUGUUGCCGUAAACAGGCUGAUAGCUGUUCUUCUACCUUUUAAAACUGAAAUUUUCUUUCGAGCAGACUAUACGAAGGCCUACAUAGCUGCAUGUCUGUUAUUCGGGGCUAUGAAUACAGGUGUCUGCCUAUCUGGACAAGUCGCAUGCAUUUGGCUCGUUGAAAUCCCUUCAUUUGGAUUCACAGAAAGUACUACAAUACUCGCGAACAUUAUCAAUUUUGUUGAUUUCUGGUUCGGCGAAUUUAUUGUACUCUCCAGUUGUGCAUGUUACAUUAUUAUUGUUUUCCAUCUUGUUCGAAAGACAAAACGACUUGAUCCCCUGUGCAAAACGCAAACGGUUGCGCUCCCUGGUGAGACUCUUGCUAGCACCGAUCGGACUGCGGAUAUGAGUAAAGGUCCCAUCGCACCACCCGCUUCCAGCAGUGCACUAUUUUAUCAACUUCUUCAGACCAUGAUUGUUAUUCGAUUCGGAAUACCACCACUUGCUGCUCUGAUUGUGAAUAGAUCAAUUCGUAUUCGCUUUUUACAAGUUCUUCAAGGAAAAAAUCAACUAAUAUCAACUACGACGAUUGCACAACCUGCGGCUACUAUCAGAAAUGGUGCUCACUGCAAGAACACAGUUACAGCUGCUACUACCACUUUAUUUACAACUAAAGAAGCCAGGAUCGUGAAUGUGAAAUACUAA